AUGGAGGUGCUGCUGGAAUCGGCGAGGUAUGGCGAGGAGGAGGUGGUGCGAGAGCUCCUGGCAUCAGCCGCGGCGGGGCAGGGAGAUUUGGAUUUCAACGGACGCGAUGGACGCGGCAAUACGGCCCUCCACAUGGCCAGCGCCAACGGCAAUCUCGGAAUCGUGCAGCUGCUGCUCGCCGCGAACAAGGAUGCAUCUUCAAACGGAGAUGAAUCGGCCAAGAUGAAGGUGGAUGUUAACGCCACAAACGAGCACGGAAACUCGGCACUGCAUUGGGUGGCAACUCAGCCCGAGAUGACGAAGGAGCACGAGGCCAUCGUGGAGCUGCUCCUCAGUGCCGGUGCCGAUCCCAACAUCAAGAACGAUCGGGGCCGCACACCGCUCAACGACGCCGCCGAUCGCGGCAACACCGCCCUCUGCGAGCUGCUGGUGCGAUUCGAUGCCCAGCUGGGCGAGGUCGAGGUGAACGAGAAGGAUGAAUUCUUCGAGGAGGGUGCCAACAAGAUGUCCAACCCGGGAGACGUGAACGAGGAAGAGGGAGAACUAGAAGAGGCAAAGCAGCCAACUGCUACGAAGACGAAGAAGCCAGCGGCAGUGGUCGUGGAGGAGAGGGCCAUCCGGUGCGCCAACGGCAAGUGCGGGCGGAGCGAGGAGGACGGCGAGACCUUCAAUCGGUGCUCGCGAUGCAAGAAGGUGUACUACUGCGGGCGCGAGUGCCAGCGAGCCGACUGGCCCAAGCACAAGCCCACCUGCAAAUAG